UCCGUUUUGCGCAUGCAGCAUGCGCGCGAGCCCCGUGCACUCGCACGAGCUGGACAAGCCAGGGGACCAGGCCAUCCGAGCCCACAUUUUGAGCGAGGACCAAGAAAUCCGCACGUCGCCUAGGUCUGAUGUCGUGGUCUUCUUAAAUCCUUAAAGACACACUCAGCAGCAAGCAACAUGAAGAAUCUGCUCCAGAAAGACGAGAAAAAAGAAGAACCCCAGCAGGCGAUACCGUGCGACCACAAGACGGCCUCGCGAUGCCUGCUCAACCUGAUGCCCGUCGUGUCGGAGACGGUGAGCGGCACGCUGCUCAACGGCACCUUCCUGCCCGACAUCUGCCUCGAGGUGGUGCACGAGCGCGCGUUCUCCAAGCUGCCCUUUGCCAAGGUCGCCCUCACGGUCGUCCUGUUCGCGGACAUCUCGGGAUUCACCGCGCUCACAGAGACGUACUCUAUGACCGGGGCGCUCGGCAUCGAAGCUCUGACCCGGACGCUGAACCACUUCUUUGGCCACAUCAUUCAACACAUCUUUACUGCUGGCGGAGACAUCUUCAAGUUCGCUGGCGACGCCCUUUUCUGCAUCUGGAAAGUUGACGACGAGAGCACCCUGGCCGAAACCCUCCAGACGGUGGUUGACUGCAGCCUGAACAUUCAGAAGAACUACGGCGAGUGGCCCACCUGCAUCGGCGUCACCCUGCGUGUCAAGAUCGGCAUCGCGACUGGGCUGCUUGAGUACCACUUCUUCAACGACGAGUACGACUCCGUGCACUACUCUGCCAGCGGUACCGUGGUGGAGUACGUUCGCAACGCCGAGAUGCUCUGCACGGCCGGCGACAUCAUACUCACUACCGAGGCCUGGAGCUACUUGGAGAAGAAGGGUGUCAACACGCGCUACACCUACACCGCACUACCGGAGGAUAUGGUCAAGGUCCUGUGCUUCGACCCUGGCGUUACUGAAGAGGAAAAGGUGUCCUUCACAUCUGCCUUCGCUGGAGUGCGGCCCGCUUUGUACGCCCUCAACUUCGAAGAUACACCUCUGCUCAGGCGGUUCAUCUCGCCGGUGGUUGUCAACAUCAAGACUCAGGAGGAGCUGAUCUUCCUGUCUGAGAUGAGGCACGUGACCAUUGUAUUCAUUUGCAUGCCCGAUUUCAUCGACAUCGACCUGCCCACGCUCUCUGCGCUCUACAGAAUCGUCAGCUCCGCUCUGAAGGAGUUUGACGGUGUCCUCAACAAGGUCAUCACAUUUGAUAAAGGGUGCUCCUUCCUAGCCGUUUUCGGCCUGCCCGGCUACAAGGGCAAGAACGAGACCUGCAACGCGCUCAUGUGCUGCAACAAACUCGUGCACGAGGUUGCUGCCAUGACCAUAAAAGUCACAGCGGGAAUCACAUCUGGCAUGACAUUCUGCGGCAUCAUUGGACAUCCGCUUCGCCAAGAGUACACCGUGAUCGGGCGCAAGGUGAACCUCGCCGCUCGACUGAUGAGCAAGUACUCCGACUACCUGAUGGUGUGCGACGAAGACACGUACCAGCGUUCCGUGCUUCUCAUGGGGCAAAACAACUUCAAGGAACUCGAGUGGCGCAAGCUUAAGGGCAUCGAGCACAUGGGCCGCGUUUUCCAGGUCAAAAUCAGCACCGAGGAGGAGGUGAUGAACGAGAUCGCCAGCUUCGACGACCCCGUGAUGGGCAUGACGCACGAGAAAGAGGUGGUCGACAGCUUCCUCCUGGACUUCCUCACCAAGCGGCGCAUGCCCAAGCACAUGCUGCUGCUGCGCGGCGAGACCGGCUGCGGCAAGAGCCACCUGCUCUUCGCCACCGUCAAGAUGGCCGUCAAGAGGGGAUUCAAGCCUGGAACGUGCCACGCUAGCGUGCGGACGAUGCGGAAUCCGUUCAGCGCUGUGUGCUUCCUGCUCAGCCGGCUGCUGGACAGCUACGGCCUCAAUCCGCAGCAGGAGAACAACACCAUCCUGGACGACAUACUCGGAGCCGACUCGUCCACGCCACUUGUCAUCAAGGAGGGCAUCAUUCGACUCAAGAACGCGCCCGCCCUGAGACUGGCGACGGCAGGAAGCCUGGCGGACGUCUCGUGGCAGAACAAGAGUGUGGCCCAGGCGAAGGACCACCUAAUAGCGAUCACGGAGUCGCUGUGCACUAGGGCUCCGUGCAUCUUGGCGGUGGACGAUGCAAACUACAUGGACACGCUGUCCUGGGAGCUGCUGGACAAGUUCGGCCAGCUGACGAGCCAGUACCCGUGCGUGGUGGCCCUGACGUCCAUCCCGCACUCCGAGCGUGUCCAGCAACCGCUGCAGAUCCAGAAGAUCAUGGCCAAGGCCGUGCUCAUUGUGGACAUUCAGCCCUUGAGCAAGGAGUACAUCCCGGACUUCUGCUUUCAGAGGCUGCAGGUCAAGGGCAUACACAACCAGAUUUUGCGCCUCCUGAAGGAGUACACCAAGGGCAACCCCGCCGCCAUGGUGGAGAUAUUCCAGGUGCUGAAGCAGAAAAACCUGAUCCACAACAUAAACUCGACGACGACCCCCGAGGCGCGCAUCAAACGCGAGUUCACCCUGGCCAAGGAGGACGAGCACGAGCUGAGAGAACAUCGGCCGGGAGAGGGAUUCACAAUCUGCGACGUCGUUGGCGAGGGGCUCAUGGAUGACGUGCAGGUUCCGGACUCCCUUCAAGCCCUGACCGUCGUGCGAAUGGAGAUGCUCAACGAGAAGGAGGUCGUGCUCCUCAAGAGGGCAUCAGUAUGUGGCAAGACGUUCGAAAUCUCUCUGCUGAAACUUCUUAGCUCCACCAUUACCACGGCCGAGAUCAACAUUGCCCUCAAGAAGCUGGUGGAGCAGCACUUUGUCACAUGCUCGGCCAACACGACCACGUCAUUCAUGUACCUGCUCGAGGGCAAGGUGCAGGAUGCCCCCGAGUGCCCCCAGUGCGGCCAGGUUGGCUCGCUCAUGCGUUUCCAUUCGGCGGCAGUGCACAAGACCAUCUACGCCACGCUCACUUACGACAGCAAGGCGGACAUCCACCAGGAAAUCGCGACGUGCCUCGAGGAGAAUGCCCUGCAAUGUCGCUUCUGCAAGGAGUACCUCAGCGUCGAGGUGUACACCUCGGCAACAGACGAGUUCCUCAUGCAGUCGCCCCCGGACAAAGCCGACUUGCGUGUGUGCAAGUGUCACAAGAUGAAGGCGAGCGCGUACGGCCAGAUCGGCGCCCACUACUUGGCGGCCGGCAUGCGCGGCCGAGCGCUCGAGGCCUACCUGUCCGCUACUCAGUGCUCGCUCGAUGUGGACGACGUCAAGAAGGCCGAGGAGUACCUGGAGAGCAGCGAGGGCGUCUUCAAGAACUCCAGCUGGGAGAACGUGGAUGAGCGCUACCUGAAGCUCAAGCGCAUCGCCAUUAGCCGCAUGAGAGCGACCAUCCAGCUCUACUACGGCAACAUCGACGCCUCGCUGCAAGAGAUCAAGCUGGCGUUCCAGUGGCUGGGCAGGAACAUCCCGAAGGACUACCGCAAGAACGCCUCCAACUACGCUCUGCGCGUUGUCCAAUGCUGUCGCGUGGACGAGAUCGAAGAGGAGGAGUUCUGCCUGCACACAGCGGCACGCGUGUUCCUGAACCGGCGCGACCCCCGCGUGGCCCUGGACGUGUCCAGCCACUUCUGGGAGCUGGUCACCUGCCGAAGCGCGCCGCUCUACAAGAAGAUGCCGGCCAUCUCCCUGGUGAUCGAGAGCAGCCACUACGUUCACAUCGCGUACAAGAAGCAGAAGAAACUCGAGGACACGGCCAUCAAGGACUGCAUCCACUCGCUGGAGGUCGAGAAGCAUCCCCGAGUGAGCGACUUGGUGGCCGUGCUAAACACGCUCAUCAAGAUCGUCGAAGUGCGCUUCCUGCGCACCGAAAUUGCCUCGGCCGUUGACGUGGGAUAUGAAGCUUUUCGCAUCGCCCUCAGCGUCCACUACACCUCCAUGCUGCUGAAGAUAUUGCCGUACCUGGCACAGACGCUGCUGUACAGCAAGAACCACAGCAAGUGCCGCGAAGUGUUGAGCCACCUGCGUCACGUGGCCGAGGUCGCCGAGGACACCGUCGGCAUGGGUCUCUAUUACGGUGGCCUGGCCGAGCUCCUCGUGCACCAGUUUGGCAUCGACGUGCCGGCGCUGGACAACGUGCAGGAGCUGUACAAGACGUGCCUGGAGUUCGCCAUCAGCCAGUGCAGCAAGGCGCCGUACACCAACAACAACGAGAUCGAGUUCUACCUCACCGCGGCCAUGGCUAUGUGGACGUCCUCGUGCGGCCUGGACCAGAGCUGCAAGGAAUGGCUCCGGCGAGCGAAGGAGCUCAAGCGCUCCUUCCACUGGCGCUCCUCCUACUGGGGGCGUCGCGCGCAGCGCCACCUGUCCGAGAUCAAGUGGAAGUGAAGGGCGCCGCCAUCCGCUUGGCGCGGCGCGCUGUUCCGGCCUGCGCACUCUUUUUCAGAGCGCAUAUUGCACCGGCGCGCAAGAGCACGCGGUGUUGGAGAAAAAAAGAGAAGUAGUAAAUAUCGGUAAAUUCGACCCGGAUGAUAUAUUUCCUCCGAUAUAUCUCGAUAUCUAAUUAUUCAAAUACUUAAUUUGUUGUUUAGUUCGAUAUUUACAAUACUGUGUAAAAAAACUGUACGUGCAUUUGUAAUAUUACGCGAAAUAAACUUUGCGUUCUUGUCCCCUGU